AUGGCGUCUCAUCUGCUUUUAGGAGUUGCUGUUUUGGGUUUAGCUAAUUGGUUAGCUUAUGCCUCUGAUCCAAGCCCUCUUCAGGAUUUCUGUGUCGCAGUUAAUGAUGCCAAGGCCUCCGUGUUUGUGAACGGAAAGAUAUGCAAGGACCCAAAUCAGGUCACGGCCGACGAUUUCUUCUUUUCGGGCCUCAACAGGCCUGGGAACACGUCUAAUCCUCUCGGAUCAAGAGUCACGCCAGUCAAUGUGAACCAACUCCCGGGCCUCAACACGCUAGGCAUCUCUCUGGUCCGCAUUGACUAUGCACCGAAAGGUCUCAACCCGCCACACACACACCCUCGUGCGACCGAGAUUCUUGUGGUCGUGCAAGGCACUCUAUAUGUUGGGUUCGUCACCUCAAACCCGGCCGACCCAAACCAAAGGAACAAGCUCUUCACAAAGACGCUAAAUCCGGGGGACGUUUUCGUCUUUCCGGAAGGUCUCGUCCAUUUUCAGUUCAAUAGCGGGAGGAGUAAUGCGGUGGCAUUUGCCGGACUUAGUAGCCAAAACCCGGGAGUUAUUACUAUCGCCAAUGCGGUUUUCGGUUCGAUGCCUCCUAUUUCGGUCGACGUCCUCACCAAAGCUUUCCAGGUUGAUGGGAAUGUGAUUAAUUAUCUUCAGCGCCAGUUUGGGUCGGAUAACAACUAA